GUCUCGAACUCAUCCACAAAAAUUUCUACCAAAGCACAUCCCGGUGUGGAGGCUACCGAGUUUUAAGCAAAAAAAAAAUUAUCUAGGGGAUUGGAUUAUCUCAAUAGGUAUAUGGAAAUUAGAAAAAGAAUGGAGUUGAUAUGAACCAGGAGCCUGUUUAGAAUAGGGUGCUUCGCCUCACAGUGAAUUGGAUCUAUUUAACAAUAAAGGCUUGAUUUCGAGUAGGGAAUGGCUCAACAUAUACCGCAACUCAGCGAGAAAUAUCGAUGUGUGAUCUCAAAAUCAAAAGGAGACAUAGAGAGUUUGUUGAUGAGAUAAGCCUAUUUCUGCUCUUAUUAUUUAGCUUGUUUUGAAUGUGGAUUUUCCCUUUCAUAGGGUUAGCUUGCUUUGUUGGCAUCAUACACUGGUUAAUCCAGUACUUCAAAUCACAGGGAACAAUGGCUACAUCUGUGGCUAUUCAUCAAUCAGCGGGGGAAGAUCAGGUGGUUGAAUUCUCAGCAAAGGACACUGCUUCUGGCAUGCAAUGGGCCAAAUUGAGUCUCUUGGGUAGGCUGUUCAUGGAGAAUCCUCCAAUCCUAUAUGUGAUUGGCAAGAUAGUCAAUGGAGCAUGGGAAAUGCUCUGCAAUUUAUGAUUUUGGAAGAAGAGAUGGAUUGUUGCACUUCUUUUUUGUUGAUGAAACAGAUAGAGACUGAAUUCUCUAACGAUCCCCAUGAUUGGUGAAAGGUCGUGCUUUACAUCUCCAUCUCUAGACCCCAAUCACGCUGGCAAUGGUGGAUUCCUUCAUUCAUGUCCGUUUUUGGGUUCAGAUGUGGGGCAUUCCAACUCAUUGUAGAAUGGUGACCUUUGGACAGAGUGGCUGGCGCAAAAUUGGACAAGGUCCUAGAUGGUGGGAAUUUUACAAUUGGGGGAGAACUGAGACACUUCAUCAAGACCUGAGUGAUAGUGAAUGUCCUUUAACCUCUACGAUCCCAAAUUUUUGCGACUAACCCUAUGGUAGGGAAAUUUUGGGUUACUUUGGUUUAUGAAUUUCUAUCGCUCUUAUGCUACCACUGUGGGCGGUUGGGACACACAACGCCAAAUUGUAGCUUUCCUGAUCCGACUGGGAUUGAGCAUUAUGGACUGAAGUUAACAACAAAUAUUAUUGGGCAUCGAUCGGGGAGCAAUCAUUAAUCCCCUUACAUUUGCUGCCGCAAACCCAAAAAAUAGAUUGGGUUAAUCCGACAAUUGGAGGUGCGACACCGAGGAAGAAGGAAGUGGCGAUUGAAGGAGCGGCACCGAGAAAGGAGGAAGUGAUGAAUAAGAUAGGGGAGGCUGAACAGGGGCACUCAGUUGUGUUAAAAUCCCAGUCGAGAAGGAUAAGGCUAACCUACCCGCAAAUAUGUAGAAGCUGAAGGGACCUUCUACUAGAACAGAGUCACAGUGGUUGAGCUAAGGAGGGGAGACGUGAUAUAAAGAUGGAGAAGUAUCGAAUGGUUGGUUCUGGUAACGAUAGAAGUAACAAACUUGUUGCCAAAGGAGAAACAGAGCUACUGGCAUGGAAAUGAUUUGAACCAGGAUCAUCUGAUGCGAGACGUGGAAGGGUAGAGACAGAAGGUGCAUGAAGCAAAAGCUUUGUGUGGGCACAAUUAGCUGCCAAAUACUAUAAUGAAUAACAUGGAGAACAUGUUGUGAAAAGAAGUUACAAGGAGGAAGGAACUAUAAGGAGGUUUUCAUGAUGGUUGUUCAUGAAGAAGGAGGAGUGGAGGAGCGUAAGCAGCCUGCAAAUGAGAUGGAGAACAUUUAGUUUAACCCGACUCUGAUUAGGAAGUUGUGUCUUGAAGAGUCAAAUGUGCAGGAGACUAUUACUACUAAUCAGGUGGAAAAACCCAACUAGAAGUGGUCUCAAUAUCCCAAAUGAAGAUUUUAGCAUCGAACAAAGGGGUAUUUGACCAUCAAUUAUGUUCAAAUCACUUGUGGUGUUGAAAAUAAUAAUAUUGAUAGUAGUCGUUAUGUGGUGGUGUUUGUGGAUUUCUCCUCUGAUGCUAAUAUUCGAUCCCAACAAGUAAAUGUGGUGAAACUGUAUUGUCAAUAAAUAUUAAUCCCUUACAUUUUUUAGGGAUAUGAAUUGUGUUUUGACGACAGCUGAAAAGGAUGGUUGGUUGCCAUGGGAUCCUCAGACCUCCAUGACAAUUUGAGACAUCAUAAACCAACUCGCGUUGUAGGAUGAGAGCUUUGAAGGGUCACAAUUCAUUUGGACGAAUAGGUGGGUGGGUUCAUCAUGAGUGAGGGAGAGACUCGACCGAGUAUUGACUUCAUUGCUGUGGAUGGAUAGGUUCCCACAAAAUAUGGUUAAUCAUGAUUAUGACAGAUAAGCCUUAUGUUCAAGUGGCACACCCUCUAUUUUGAUUUGAUGCGACAUAGGUUGAUAAUUCGGAAGUCCUGCUUAUGGUAAAAUAUGUAUGGAAUCAACCGUGUGAAGGGUCGCCCAUGUACAGGUUCUGGUCUCAUUUGAAAGCUUUAAGACAUUUAUUGUACGAUUGGAGCAUCUCGGGGACGUGUAAUUCUACUAGAAAUAUCAGGAUUUUGCAGAAUGAAAUCUAGAGUCUUAA